CAAAGAGCAAUCAAAAGGCACGUAUCGUAGUUAUUGCGGAAUCUUCGUAAACCAAAAAAGAAAAGAAAAAAAAUCACGAAUUUGUUUAAAUUAAUUAAUUAGUUAAAAGUCGCAAUGAGACAUAGAAAUAUGUUGACAUAUAUAUUUCUUGUCUUGGGAAGUUUGGUGGCUGUGCAAUGCGAAGAAUUAGUUUAUCGCAUGUGUGUCCCCAAAAAAUACUUUGCCGAUUGUCUGAACUUAUUAAAGGACCCCUCGGAGGCGGGUAUACACAUGGAAUGUAUACCGGGCCGUGAUCGUAUUGAUUGUUUGGACAUGAUCAAUCAACGUAGGGCCGAUGUCAUGGCCUCCGAACCGGAGGACAUGUAUGUGGCCUAUCAUAGUCAAAAUGCCGAUUAUCGGGUUAUCUCUGAGAUUCGCAGCAAGGAGGAUAAUGAGGCUCCCUUCCGUUAUGAGGGCAUUAUUUUGAUUAAGAACAAUUCCACCAUCCACAGCCUCGCCGAUCUGCAUGGUACGAAAUCUUGCCACACCGGUUUCGGUCGUACCGUUGGUUAUAAAAUUCCUCUAACGAAACUAAAAAAUGCUGGCGUUCUACAAAUUUCAUUGAAUCCUGAAAUAACAGCCACAGAACGUGAACUCAAAACAUUAUCGGAAUUUUUUACGGAAUCUUGUAUGGUGGGUAGCUAUUCGCCAUAUCCGGAAACAGAUCGCUUACUAAAAAAGAAAUAUCCCAAUCUGUGUGCCCUGUGCGAGAAACCUGACCAGUGUGAUUAUCCUGAUAUUUAUUCUGGCUAUGAUGGAGCCAUACGUUGCCUGGACAAGGGCAGAGGUGAUGUGGCCUUUACCAAGGUUCAAUUUGUCAAGAGAUAUUUUGGGCUAAUUCCUGGCAUUGUGGCCGAAGGUGAUGCCUCGCAAUAUGAUUACUUAUGUGAAGAUGGCAGUAGACGGCCAAUUACUGGACCCGCCUGUUCAUGGGCUCAACGUCCUUGGACGGGUUAUAUAUCCAAUACCCAUUCCGUUCAAGGAGAAGAAAACCUACACAAUUUACAAAAUCGUUUGGAGAAAUUCUUUGAAAAUGGUCUGCAUGCUCAGAAUAAGGAGGCCGCUUCGCAUCUGCUGAUCAAUGAGAAUUCGGUGUAUCACAGCAAAUCGCAUGGUGUGGAACCCAAAGAAUAUUUGGAGGCCGCCGGCUAUAGGGAUGUGAUUGAACGUGAUGGUUCGGAUAUAAGGAAAAUGAUAAUGUGUGUCCAAACGGAUAUUGAAUUGGAAAAAUGUAAUGCCAUGCGUCGCGCUGCCUAUUCACGUGACAUACGCCCCGAAAUGGAAUGUGUGGAGAAGGAGGAUUGUAUUUCAGCUGUCAAGGAAGGCAAGGCUGAUGUGACAGCUGUUAAGGCCAAGUUGAAUAAAGAGGCUAGAGGAAAUGGCCUGGAGGCUAUUGUGUAUGAGAACUAUGCCGAGAAUGAUGUUUAUGUUGCUGUGGUGGAACCUGCUCUCAGCCGAGAGAAGCUAUUUUCUUCACAAAUAAACUUUGACGAACACAAUGAAAGAGCCCACAAAGCGGCAGACUAUCUCAAUAAACUGCGCGGUAUUAAUUACUGUCAAACCACACCCUCAGCCGACAAGGAAAUAAUGAUUGUCAAUGCCAAGAAUUUGGAUCAAUACAAAAAUAAACAAUUACUUUGCUCCAAUUUGGAAAAGAAACCGAUAACGGAAUGGAAAUCGUGUAAUUUUGAUGUUAACCUUCCCACGGCCGUAUUUAUGCGUGACACCAUGACCCCCAUCGAAAAGAAGACUCUGAAACAUUUAUUCAUUUCUCUGUCGGAUACUUUUGGCAAGCGAUCGAAACUGUCGGAUGUUUUCGCUCUAUUUGGAGCAUUUUCUAGAACUGAGGAAAAUGUCCUCUUCGAUGACAAUGCUGUGGAAUUUAUUACCGAUUUAAGAAAUGCCCAAGCCAAAGAAGAACUCUAUGAAAGUUUAAGCUGUGCAUAAAUUUUGAACCAAAAAAU